GGAUAAAAUAAUUUAUGUGAUUCAAGAUGUAUCAUAUUUUGAGUGAAUAGUUUCUUGAGAAUAAAGGGUUUUAUCAAUAAUAUUCAAUAUCCAAAUUUCGAAAAGUCGGUCACCAUCGAAGUCGAACCGUGGCUGCUCUCGAAUUUUAUUUGCCUUGGAGUUUAGAUUUUCUAGAUUGUCUAGACCACAGUCAUGAUUUCCUGCUAGCAUCAGAACUGAUUCAAAGCACCCAAGCAGUUGUUCACAUGUCUAGGACUUCUGGUGUUUUUAUUAUCUAAACUUCUUCUAUAAUGGAAGAUAUGAAAAUUAAAGAAUCAACAAAUGUAGAUGAAAAAGAAAGAGAAGAAACUACUGAAAACACCAGUGAAAAUCAAGAUUCGAAUCAAAUUCCCAAAAUGCCACUUGGAUUACCUCCGAUUGAUUUGCAGGAGUUAACAAAUAUGCUUCGUAGUCCUGAUAUGCCUGCACAGAAAAUAAUGAAGGAAGUGGCUGAUCAGAUUUUGAAAAGAAAUGAAGAAAGUGAAAGUGAGGACGGUUCAGUGAACAAUGGAGUUGUUGGAAUGAAGGGAAUAUUUGAUUGCAUUUUAGAAGUUUCAUUACUGCAUGAAGAUUCUGAUAAAUCAGACGAGUCGGAGGAUGAGGAUGAUGAAACAAUAAAUCGUCAAAUAACUUGUUCUUACUGCAACAAAAUAUUUGGCAGUAACAUGUCAUGGAAAACUCAUGUGCUUGUGGCUCAUCCUCAGCAAGAUCAAUCAGUUUUAAAUGUUAAAAAGUUGCCAAAUAAUGAGGAAAAUAAAGGAAGAAGUGACCAGCCUCACAGACGGGGAUCAAGGAGCUCAUCAAAAGCUGACCGUGAAGCAAAAGCUACCAAAGGGCACCACCAUUCCAAGGAUGAAGGAAAUGCUACAGACAUUCCUAAAGGGGAAGAAAAUGCCCCAACCAGCAGAAGGCGUUCAUCUGUAACAAAACUUCAGCAGAAGGUUUCUUCUCUACCAGAGAAUAAAACUGUAUCUGCCGAGCCUCAGUCUUGUGCUGGAACUGAGAGUACAAAGAGCAGCAGUACAUCAGAUACCGAUUGUAACCAACCUGUUGAUAGGGAUCCUGCUGCUGAAGCAUCAUCUGUUCCAAAUCAAAGUCCUGAGUCUGGCAUUGUAUCAACCACAUCAAAACAUAAGCUGUCAGAUCCUGAGGAGUCUCUCACUUCUCCCAAGAAGAAACUAAGAUCUACAUCUUCUAAGAAACACCACACUUAAAAAAAGUAUUCCUUAUUAUUGAAAGAUUAUAAAUAAUUAAACUAAAACACAACUUAUAAAAUAAUUCAUGUCAGAAAUAGCUUGUGGGUAUUUUUAAAAAAAUGUCUUAAUUAUUAUAACUGGAUUACAAAAAGUAUACAAUUAAUAGGCUAAAACAAAGUUUUUCUUAACUAUUUAAAGCUGUUAUUAUUAUAGGUUUAGAUCACAUUCUGUUAAUGUAGAAAGUAGUAGAUUAUAUCCCUUUAAUUACCUAUCUGGUAUUUUAAAACAUUUCAAAACGGAGUAAAAAAAAAAGGCUUAUCCAAAACUGCAUUCCAUUUAGAGUAAUUAUCAAUAUCUAAUGUAUUAAGGUUGACACUGGCUAGGUUUUAAAAUUUUCAUGUAAUCCAGAAAAACAUCACUGUUUAAUAUUUGCCUUGAUACCCCGGUGACACCUUGAAAGAUAAGCUAGUUUUUCAAUUUUAAUUGUAUUUUGGUGUAGCAUAGUUUUAGUUAAAAAUCUAUUUAUCAUUUAAAAAGAUCUUACAAUACUAAAGAACAUUUUUUUUGCUUAAUUAUAUUUAAAUUGAAAGAACAGUAAAAAAAAUUGCUUUGGAAUACUUGUUUCUAGAAAUUCUUAAAAUUAGUAUAAAGGGUGGUAGUUAAUUAGGAGUUAAAGUUUCUUUUAAAAACUUUUGGUUUCUAUAACUUAUAAAAUUGAAAACAUAUCAGUUAAUUGUGAUAUUGAGUUGUAUCUUCAAGUGUAUAUAGUUUAAUAUGUACACAGUAUUCAUGUGCUCUAGCUUUGCAUUUAUGGCCUAAUUAUUUUCAUCAUUAGCCAAGCAGUAAACUAUUCUUUUUAAGCUGUGUGAUCUAUGUACAUGCUAUGUGUAAUAUUGCAAAAAUUUCAAAGCAAAUAUGUAACUUCUUUACUGUAUUAUUACAUUGGUGAAAAGACAAUCAGUAAGCUUUAUUAUAUUGUAGUGCUUUUGUAAGAUACAAUGCAUUUUCUGGAAGAAAAAAAAUAGUAAAAUGAACAAAUGUUACCUUAUUCUUAAAAAAAAAAAGCAAAGUGUGAUGUUAUGAACUAAACUGUGAACACUAAACAACUUUAAUUAAAAUUAAGCAUUAAUGUCCAAUUUCUGUUUAUAAAGGAAUUUUUUUCUUACAAUGUUAUUUCUAUUUGUUAUAGAACCUUUUUUGUUUUGUUUUUAAAUGGAAUUUUAGAAGAGUUAUGCUAAUCAGUUAUUUUAACAAAAAGAGGGGACAAUCUAACUUAUCUGUUUAAAAAACUGAUUUAACACCCUUUGAAAGUUUGCUUCUCAAAUAUGAAUAUUUUUUGUAUUUAUGCUUUAAGCUUACAAUACAUAUUUGCAUUUAAAUGUUAGUUUUGUUAAACAUGUAAUUUUUAAAAUUACUUUUUGAAAAUUGACAAAUGUGUAUCAUUGAUUUCCAGACCAUUCAUGUUAAAUUUCACUACCUGUAUACACUAAGGUCCUUGCACAUCAGACAUCCCAGUGAUCAAUCAUAAUCCAGAUUUACUUUGUUGAGAUUAGCAUUUGAUUGUAAGAGUUAAUUUAAGAACAUUCAUGUACUUAAAUGAUGUAGUAGCAGUUGUUUUAAUCAUAUUUAUCAAUCAAUACAUUAUUGUUUGAUAAAAGAUAUGUUUUCUAUUUUAACACAGGCUGUAGCUUACCUAUACUUCAGUUAUAUAGUCAGAACUUUCAGAAACAUUUUUAAAAAAAAUAAAUCAAGACAUGGUGACAUAGAGAUAAGUUUAAAAAUAAAUUGAGGUAGCUGUUGUAAUGUGUAGAAAUAUCAUCUGUGUUUUUAGAAAACUUAAGGUCAAUGUUUGACAGGACCACACCCCUUGUCCCCCAGGUGGGGUGUGGUUAAAAUUAUAUACUGUAAAUAGAUAUGAUAUUUAUUUUAAUGCCAUCCAUGUUCAUGGAAUACCAUUGUUCUAAUUGGUUGACAUUUUUUUUACACUGAAUGAUUGUCUAUUUUUUGGGUAUACAUGAAAGCACACUUUUAAUCAUGUCAGCACGUUUUCCUCAAGUUGAAACCAUUGAUAAAUUUGAAGAUAUUUACAUUGUAAAUUUCCUUUGUAUUUUUUUUUGUCUUUUUAAAAAUAUAAUGUAAACUGCUUGGUAAGGAAACCAUAACACAUUUUUAAAAAAAUCAUUCAGUUAAAUAAAUUUAAAAAAAUAAAUAAUUAAAUUAAAGCAGUUUUGAAAUUUAAGAGCAAAAUAUAUUUAAAAUGAUGUUUUAGCCAAAUUUUAAAAAUAUUUUGCUCUUAAAUUUCAAAAUAUUAACCUUAUUUAGCUGGCGUACCUAAUUUUAAUUAAAUCAUUAGUUUUUUCUUUCAAGUUUUAAACAGCAAAAAUAUGUGAAACAGCAGUAAAUGAAUAGAACUAAAGACCUCAUUUUAUCAGAGCAGUCUAACUCUUUGGGCAAUUUAUUAUCAAAACUUUUUGAACAAAUUUUUUUCAAUUAUUACCACAUAAUUUGGAUGCUUGUAUGUUAUUUCAUUUGCACUUGAGAAAAUGUCUGCUAACUAUAAUUGUAUUUUUUUCAUUUGCUGAAUGUCAUAUUACCCAAUGCAGAUGAGCUAUUGUUAAAUUGAAUAUUUGUAAAAUAUCUGGUGUCACCUGGUGUUCUGUAGCAUUGAGACCUAUAUUUGAGGGCCAGCUGUGACAAGCAGUAAAACACUAGAAGACUAGGCAAAUCUAGUCCACAGCAUGCCAGAUAUACAAAGGCAGGAAAGAUCUAUUUAUUUCACACACGGGGAGUGUGUCCCAUCAGUGGGGUGUCCAUAUGUACAUAUAAGCUUCAAUGACAAGUACAGUAGAUAACUUUACAAACCUCAGCAUUGUUUGUCCAUUACAACCCAUGCAAUCCUCCUGCUGUAGAUACACACCAGAUCAUCUUGUCUUCAUUGUCUGAAAGAAAGAAAUGUGUGUCAGACAAGUUGGAUCUCAGUUGGGUUUUAUGAGCUGCUCAACAGGAAUGAAUAAUUUGUCAAACGUUGGUGUCAACAUUGUCUUUAUAUAUGCAAUUCCAUGUUAAGCUAUUCUAUUUCAUAAAGUAUACCACCAUUGAUGAAAUAAUGGGAAAGUAUUGUUGUAAUUCCAUUGCAAAGCCAUGUGUAUAUUUACCAUAGAAAGUUAACUAGAACUAGGGAUUUUUGUUGUUAAUGUUGCUACCUUUAAAAUCCUUAAUUAAUUUUUUUAUUACCUGAGGUGGUAGUGGUAGCUUUAAGGUUUUAUGACGUUUAAUUUAUCCUAUUUGAAUUUUUAACAUGGCUUCUCAGUCAUUGCCUUAAUUUUAACAUGAUUUCUCAGUUGUUUUCUUUUUCUAAAUUUUAACAUUGUUUCCCAGUUCUUUCCAUGGUCAAAAUUUUAACUUGGCUUCUUAAUUCCUUUCUUAAUCUAAAUUUUAACAUGGCUUCUCCUUUCCUUCCUUAAUCUAAAAUUUAACAUGGCUUCUCCUUUCCUUCCUUAAUCUAAAUUUAAACAUGGCCUCUCAGUUCUUUCCAUGGUCUAAAUUUUAAGAUGGCUUCUCAUUUCCUUCCUUAAUCUAACCAGCUCUUUCCUUGUGCAACUUUUGGUGGGUGAACAAGCCUGCCACUUGCAGUUUGACUAAGUUUAAAUUGAAACCAACUUUUUUUUUAUACAGUCCUACUUUUCUUUACUUUUGACAUGAUCAUUAUCUUGUGCAAUCUAGCAAAUUAUUUUUUCAUUGAUUGAAAAAUCUUUAUAGAGAUUGUGCUUUUAAUUUCUUACCUCAUUCAAUGAAAAUUAUUUCUUAAUUUUGUUUGUUAAGGGGAAAACUAGUUUGUAGUUGGUUUAGUUGUUUAGAGAAUACACAGGCAAUCUAAAGAACUUUAAACAAGUGCUGAUGAAUGACCUGAUUGAGCUAGAACUACUCCCCCCCCCAAUAUAUUUUGUAUUGAUGAAUGUGAGAUGGCCAACGUAUGAGCACAAACUAAAAGCUAUUCCAACCUGCUGAUGGUUUUCAAUGUUUACAGUUUAAACGGGCUAGACGAUUUUUUUUUUAUAUUGUCUCAACAUGCAACUUGGCAGAUAUAUUUUUUUUUACUAUAAUAUAAAUGGGAAUUGCCUAAUUAAAGGUAUGCACUGUAGUAGAAAGACAGUCACCUCCCACCCUCCCCUCUGUUAGAUGUACACAUUGAUGUUGACGCAUAUAUUAUUAUACAUUAAAAGACCAAUUUAUAA